AUGACACUUUUUUACCAUGUUUCAUUUUUUUUUGUUUCAGUUCCGCCCGAAAGACUGAACAUCCUGGAUGAGUCGGGAGCAAACAUCCAACGGGACAAACUUGGUCCCUAUAACGAGGGAAGCGCCGUGGAAAUAGCCUGCAUUGCCACUGGAGGACGACCACCACCCCGGGUGUCCUGGUGGCAGGAGAACGCCCUCCUGGAUGACUCCUGGGAGUCCAUCUCGGACCGUCGAGUGAAGAACGUCCUGCAUCUCGACAAGCUCACUCGCAAACACCUCAACGCCGUCUUCACCUGUCAGGCAUCCAACAAUAACCUGGUCGCUCCUAUUUCCAGUGCGAUCACGCUAGACCUCAACC